AUGCUCGGAAAUCCUUAUCCGAAAGAAUUCGGUGUCUUCGAAGAGGAGGGGCUUGCUGACCCCCUUGGAGAAUUUAGCAACCUUUCCACUUUCAAUUUGUUGGAGUUCGUUCACAACGAUAAUACACCACUGGACAGUCCUGAUCCCUCUCGUCUUCCCCACAACGAUAGGAACGUGCAAGGACUAGGACAUAAUCAGCAGCAUAAUUCACACGCUAUGUUCCAGAAUGCGACUCGUUUACCGGACUCACCACCCAUAACCGACAUCUCCGGCGCAGGAUCAUCAGGUUCUCCUGAAAGUAAUUCAGAUGCUCCAUAUUCUCCAGAGAACUAUCCCAAUUAUGUCGGUAUUCACGGCAAUCUAAGCAAUAAUGGUGGUUUGAUUUUGGGUGUUCCUGGAAUUAUGACUCAUGAACUCCAUCAACCUUCUCAUGGUCCAGUUACACAUCCAAUGGCAUCUCCACAAAAUGCAUGUUUUAUGAGUCCAUAUCCACCGAGUCAGCCGACUCCUGGCAGUUUACCACAGGUUUCACCACCUGUUUCGAAUGUUCGUCACGAUACCCAACAAUACAUAGUUAAUAACGGUUAUAGUGCAGGGUUAUUCAACAUACUGAACGUUUCCAGCGAAGGCAGUAUCAAUAGUCAGGAAGCGCCAAGAAAACGCCCACGUCACGACAGUCAAUUAUUGGACCCUCCGAAAUUUCUACCAAAUUUUCCCGGUGUAGGACAAGCACCAGUUGCUGCGAGUCCUAUUGACUGUAACUAUCAGGACGAGAACUUUUCUCAACAGUUCAAGGUGAUCAAAUUCUCGACGUUCCAAGAAGACCAGUGGAGUUCCUUGUACGACAUAAAUCAUCAGCAACUAACGAAGCUGAAAAUUUGCGUUGUUGCUGACAAAGGUUUCAACUAUUCGAAUUCGGAUGGAUGCUUCGUUAAUCAGAAAAAGAAUCACUUCCAAAUCUCGGUAAAUAUCGAAGCGAAUGACGAGAAUCCGCCGAAAUUCGUGAAAGUUGAUGGAGUAAUGCACCCGAUCAAAGCUAUUAAAUUAGCGUUUUGUGGAGUGAAAGCUGAGAUGUUAUCGUCCGAAAUUCAAAUCAAACAGUCCCAAACUGACCGCAAACCGAUUCCCCAUGAUCCUGUCAUACUAAAUAUUCACGCUCGCGAAAUCACUAAAGUAACAGUACCUCGACUACAUUUCUCUGAAACGACUCUUAACAAUCAGAGAAAGAAUAAUCGACCAAAUCCCGAUCAGAAAUACUUCCUGCUUGUCGUUCGCCUACUUGCGUGCAUUGAGAACGGCCCUCCUGCCCUCAUUCAGGCGCAGCAAUCGGAGAAAGUUAUCGUUCGGGCAACGAAUCCUGGUUCGUUUGAACCACCAGAGAGUGAUGUGCAGUGGUAUAGAAAUGGUGGUACGCUUGUUUGUCAUGGUCCAGUCGCAAUCGGGACUGAUCGCACAGCUGCUAAGCUCACAGUUGAUGGGGAUAUCUACAUUACUGGACAAAUGACUCGCCCUUCUGAUAUUCGGCUGAAAGAGGACAUUGUGGAGAAACCGUCACGUGAUGCACUUGAACAUCUUCAACAGUUGCGCAUAGUAGAUUUCCGCUAUAAACCCGAGAUCGCCGAAUUAUGGGGGUUGACUGAAGAGCAAAGAAGACGCACUGGUCUUAUUGCGCAGGAAUUGCAAGCGGUCAUUCCUGAUGCUGUGCGUGAUAUUGGUACUCACUUGACUGUCGAUGAAUCAAGAAUCUUCUACGAAACCGUUCUGGCUAUGCAAGAACUGUGCAGACUUACGGGCGAUCUGGAUACAAAGAUUGAUGACAAGGUCGAGGAGAUUAGUCAAAGGCUCGCACGGUACGCUAGGAGGAAAAAGCUGAUUGGAUCGAUUGCUUCAAAUCUCAGCGAGCAGUCAUCAGGCAUUGUCAGCGAUAACAAGAGCUAUCUGUCCUAUUCAAGAACUUCACUUGCAUCUACUUCUCCAUCCAUUGCUAAGGAAGGUCGUGACAAGCGCAAGACCCGAACAUGUCGAUCUCAAUGUCAUCGACAAGAACCGCUCUGCAAUUCGAAGCUGACCCAAGGCACCAUAAUCACCCUCGUGGUAGUGAUGGCUGCUUGCCUCAUUGCAAUGUCCGCUUUGUACGUUCUUGAUUGGCACAACCGCAACUACGGUUACCACCACCUGUAUCCACCAAAUGCUACCCCUCCCACAAAAUCUGGCGGUUCUACGGAAGGCGUAGGGCACAUGAUAUAUCAAAUCGGACAUCCAUAUUUGCCGAUGCUUCAACCAGAUGCCCCACCGUUAAUGUCCACGUGUCGUUCUACCCAGUGUCAUACCUACUGUUGUGCGGAUCGAGCGACAUACCACAUAGGAAGAGAAGAGACUGAGAUGGAUACUAUCGUCACUCUGGGUGAGCGGACUAAGAACAUGAUCGCCCGAAGUGCUCCAGAUAUUUCCACCGGCAAACCACUUGGAACCGGCGUUCGUAUCACUAUUCCUAGCUUAAACGUUACAAUCGACAAUCGCUACUGUAUUGAGCAAAGCUGCAACAGGAAACGUGGUCGCUUUAACAUAUACAUCCCUGUUUCACCUUAUUUACCAACCCUUCCUUUAGAAAUUACAUUCUCGGUUCCAAAAGGAAAACUAAUCAACAACUGCGGCUAUUUGGCUGACUUCCAGCACAAGUAUUGCUCAUUCCAAAGUGAUAAUUUCAAAGCGGAACGUUUAAGGAAUCCAGUGGCGAACCAGAUCACUGAUGAUACGUUUGAGUUGUCUGUUGGUAACUACCUGCAAUCGGCUUAUCGUUUCCGCGUUGGAUUCACGACGGAGUCAUGUUUCUCCAGUGAGGAUCAUCUUCACGGUGGUUUCGAGGAGUACAAUCUCAUUUUCUACCGUACUUGUGCGCCACCUGCAGGUGUUACUGACGCACCAUCAGUUUGA